AGGAGCCCACUUCCGGUAGCCAGGGGGCAACCGGAUAUCCGGUGGGUGACCCUGGCAAGUCCUUUUUCUGGCCUUGUCGCCCUGGCCACCGUCGCUGUCCCCUGGAAGGUGGCAUGGGGCUGGAGGACGAGCGGAGGAUGCUGAAAGGGGCCGGGGACCCCAAGGAGGAGGAAGAGGAGGAGGAGGAGGAGGAGAUGGUGGACCCUCUGACGACCGUGCGGGAGCACUGCGAGCAGCUGGAGAAAUGCGUGAAGGCCCGGGAGCGCCUGGAGCUGUGUGACGCCCGCGUGGCAUCCCGCUCACACACGGAGGAGGACUGCACCGAGGAGCUCUUCGACUUCCUGCACGCCCGGGACCACUGCGUGGCACACAAACUCUUCAGCAGCGUGAAAUAGAGGGGGUCCAGGACCCCCGGCCCCCUCCCCACGACCCCACGUCGUCUGCGGGCCCCGCACCCAUUCGCUUACGACACGUUAAGACCUCGGGGCCGGCCGAUCCGUGACUUGUGUUCCAGCAACAGAUCCCCCUCAAUAAAGCUCAGCCGCCUAUGGAAA